AUAUUGUAAAUAAGAUGAGAUUAGUUUUUCUCCAAAAGUGGCAUCCAAAAGUGGCAUUUCAGCCGUUGAUCCUCGUUUUUCCUCAGAGAAAUCAAUGUAUCAUCUUGAAAUUCAAUAUCUGAUCUGUUGUCGGUGACAAAUCCUCACUUCGAUUCCCACAAGUAUAUCACCAUCGAGUUUCAAACUAUUUCAGAACCAGAAUCCGAUUUUAAAUUGGGGAAGGUGUGGAGCUGAGUUUUGAUGGAUGGUUUCUAGGUUUGACUCCAAUCAAAGUGCAGUCAUGAACCAAGAAACGAAUCAGUACACAUUAUGGAAACAGAGAGAGCUUGUUCUUAUAGCCUUAUACGCCGUCGCCUUCUACGCCUAUGCUCUACGUAUAUCGCUUCGUCUGUCACACGAUCACUACUUGAAGCUCUAUGGUUUAGCACCUGGCUGGCUCAUUCCUAAUCGCCGUAAUGAUGUUUCUGAUGCUCAGUGGAGGAAUUUCCAAGGAAAUUUGCCUAUUCUCAGCUUUGUUUUCGCAGUUUUCACCGUGAUUGCGACUGGGUUUAGGUGUUUUUUCCAGUUGAAAGCUAAAGGAAUGGCGAUCUUGUGGCUUUCCUUGUCACUUUUAUACUUGAUUUACUUACAUGGAGCUUGUGUCAUUUACAUUCUCUCGAUCGCAACGGCUAAUUUCCUUCUUGUUAAGGUUUUUGCAAGAACGAAGUACUUUCCUUUCAUGCUUUGGAGUUUCAACAUAUUCUUUCUCUUGUGCAAUCGCAUCUAUGAAGGAUACUCGUUCUCCAUUUUCGGGCAACAGUUUGGAUUCCUGGACAGCUUUCGGGGGACAUUCAGAUGGCAUAUAUGCUUUAACUUUGUUGUUCUACGCAUGAUAAGUUUUGGAUAUGAUUAUCACUGGGGUCAACUGGAUUCUCAUUUUGAUCAGGAGAAACACGUAACACGAUGUUCCUUAUGUAGAUUGGGGAAGACUUGCUACAUUGUUCGACAGGAGAGAGGUCUAGAAAGUGACAACUGCAGUUUUUCUCUAUACCUUUGUUAUUUGUUGUAUGCACCCUUGUACCUUGCGGGGCCAAUCAUAAGCUUCAAUGCAUUUGCUUCUCAGCUAGAUAUGCCACAGAAUACACAUUCAGUGAAAGAUGUUGCUCGGUACGGAUUGCGUUGGUUAUUCAGCUUGUUGCUGAUGGAAGUUAUGACACAGUUCUUCUAUUACAAUGCCUUUGUGAUCAGUGGUCUGUGGAGAGAAUUAUCUCCGGUUGAAAUAUUCAUCGUCGGAUACGGAGUGCUAAACUUCAUGUGGCUUAAGUUCCUUCUUUUAUGGAGAUAUUUCCGCUUCUGGUCUCUGGUAAAUGGCAUUGAAACUGUUGAGAACAUGCCGAAUUGCAUUAAUAAUUGCUAUAGCUUGGAAACAUUCUGGAAAACCUGGCAUGCGUCGUUUAAUAGAUGGCUUAUCAGGUAUAUGUAUAUUUCUCUGGGUGGAUCACGAAGAAAGUUUCUGAAUGUGUGGGUUGUAUUUACGUUUGUUGCUGUGUGGCAUGAUUUAGAAUGGAAGCUUCUUUCAUGGGCAUGGUUAACAUGUUUAUUCUUCAUGCCAGAAAUGUUACUGAAAUCAGCAUCCAAUGCAUUCAAGGUUCAGAGUCCUUUUGGAGAAAUCGUCCUCCGUGAACUCAAGGCGUUAUCUGGUGCAAUCAAAAUCACAUGCCUUAUGAUUGCAAAUCUUGCUGGCUAUGUCAUUGGACCAUCAGGUCUAAACUGGUUGGUCUCCAGCUUUUUUAGUAGAGAAGGGUUACCUGUUCUUGGCGGCGUGUUCUUUAGCUUUUACGUUGGUACAAAGCUUAUGUUUCACAUUCAGGACUUGAGAAGUAGGGUACAUAGCCCGAAGUAGCCUAGGCAAAGAGUUAUAAAUUUCUUGGUUAUACUCGAGCAAUUUUCAUUAUUGUUAGUUACAUUUUGUUUCAAAUUUUGGUCAGAUUAACUGUGUUUUUCCUUGCCUAAAGAUGAUGCAAUACGAAAUCAAUUUCUGCCAAGGCUUUUUGAUGGAUCAGCAGUAGUAUUUGAGGCGAAUCAGAACAGGUGCAAAUAACAGAAUCCAUGAGAGAGCGAGUUUGGAGAAGCCCUUUAAGGCCAAAGAGAGAAAAGUGAAAAAGAUGCAAGGAACGAAAUGGUAAGAGAUAAGAAAACAGAGCAUGACCGUUGUUGAUUGAGUUCAAUUAACGGCUUUAAUGGGAAGAGAAAGAGAGAAACUGAUUGAGACCAUUGAAGAAGACCAUUUGUCCCUUCUCAACCAAACAAGAACAUGUUGGGAUAAGACAUCGGAGGAUUAAGACACAACUCUGCUUUUUAGUCAUGUGGCUCUAAACAGAAUUCUCAGUUUAGACGGAAGAGAGAAUUGCAUAAUAGUGACGAUAAUAUGACGUGUCUAAAUAAAUAUAUAAUUUAUCUAUCACUAAGGACCAAAAAAUGGCAGCUUCCUAAGAAUCUAAACAUAAUUUUUCCAAUAAUUUAU